AGACAUACAAAAAGGAAGCAAAAGAAGAGUCAAGACAGGACAAGAAAAGACAUCCACCACCAACUCCUCCAUACUCUCGCAAGCUAAACCAAUUUUUUUUUUUUCUUUCUUCACGGCCGUUCUCCUGAGCUGCGCGCGUCCGACUACUAACUAGACUGGCGGGGCGGCCGUUCAGGGAUCCCAAAAAAAGGCCAGCCGGGAGAUCUUCACCGACAUUGAGAAGCAUUGAUAGCUUAGUGGGGGGUUUGAUCCAGGUCGUGACAUUCCAUUCCGUCUGUGGAAUAACUAGAGCCCUACCGCUGCUUCUUUUAUUCUUCUUUUCCUUCUUCUCUCAGACAUUGAGACAUUGGAGAUUAUUCGCUACGCAAGUCGCGGGCUCGAGCUCAAAGACAAAAACAGUACAGCCUAACAUAAGAAGCAAAAACGAAACGAAGCAAGAAUGAGCAAUUCCGGCCUGCCGCUGGAUGCGACCAUUACUAUUGUCAACAACUCCGGCAAGAUCAUCAGUACCGGCAAGCAGCUUCUCUCGAUAUGGAAGACGGCACAAGCUUCUUACAGAGAGAAGAAGGACGAGCUCAGCCAGGAGCGGGCUCAGGAGCGAGCCGCUGACAAAAAGCCGCCUCCCGUUCCCAUCAAGCGCGCCCAGACGUUCGAUACGAGCCGCAGCAUCCCUCACAGGCAAUAUGACGAAUUGAGCGUGGCCAGCUCUCACCGGACUUUCAAGAGCUCCAUCGCCAAGAAGCAGCUGCCUCCGGUCCCCAACCAGCUAGCUCUAACUGAGGGAAACCUUGAGAAGCUGUCCGAGGUGUCGAGCGUUGCGCCCUCAAAGCCUCCAUCAUCAUACCAGGGCUCAUAUGCCGACACGAUGCUGGUCAAGAGUGGCUUCUCGCGCGUCGAUCCACCAAUGGCACUGCAACAGGUGCAGCCCCGGCCGCUGGCGCGCACGCGGUCCGACAUGGAAGUUGAGGCUCACAAGAGAAUGAGCAUGGGGAGCGAUUUGCACUUGGCUUACGGCGAUAUCCCUCCCGAUUUGGCAGACAGAGUGGACUUGGACGCGCACACCACGCCACAUGUCGAUUUGCACGAUAUUCAUGUAGAGGACGAGCGGGAGCAGGCCGAGGAGCUGAUUCACAAGAUUGAGAAUCUCCUGGAUGAGGCGCAUUGCGCUCAGCAUUCGGCCACGGCCAUCAUUACGCAUCUCCAGGAGCGGCCCGAUGCUGCUGCUGCCGUUGCUCUGACGCUGGCUGAGCUCUCGGGCAUCAUCACCAAGCUGUCGCCUGGGUUUGCGGCCAUCCUCAAGGGCACUUCGCCUGCCAUCUUUGCGCUACUUGCCUCACCGCAGUUCCUCAUUGGCACGGGCAUUGCAGUUGGCGUCACUGUCGUCAUGUUUGGCGGCUGGAAGAUUGUGCAGAGAGCUACGCAGAAUUCGUUUGCCAAGAAGGCCAUGGCCUAUGAGGCAGCAGCAGCGCCGGCGCCAGCACCGAAUCUGCCACAGAUCGAGAGCGGUGUCGACGAGGCCAUUGUUUUGGAGACGGUCGAGGUUGACCUGAGCAGCAUUGACUCCUGGAGGCGCGGCAUCGUCGUCGACCCUGGCUACGAGAGCGCCGAUCAAGAGCUGAUGACGCCUCUGGCUGACCGCGUGACUAGAGAGCGGAGGGGAUCCAAGGCUGGUUCAGAGGAUUAUUUCUCUCGAAAAAGCUCCAAGUCGCAUAGGUCGUCCAAGACUCACUCGUCAUCGCAUUCAUCUUCUCACAAGUCGCACAAGUCAAGGCAUGAGAAAGAUUCCUCGGAUAGAAAGAGCAGCAGCAGCAGCAGCAGCAAGAAGAGCGAUGAUACUAGCAGUGUCAGCUCCAUGGCUCUGAUUAAGAAGUCUAUCGCUAGCAGGAAGAAGCAGAUUGACGAGACUGGCAUCAAGAGCGAGGAGUUGCCGCUGAGGAACAAGAUGAAGCAGACCAAUAUGCUCAAGGCAUUGUUCAAGGGCAAGGAGCACAGACAAUCUGUCGCCACUUAAGCGCGAUGCAUUCUAUGUGGCAUGAAUGAAUGAUUGGUGGUUUUUUUUUCUAUCUGGGGUUGGUUGGGGAUGGGGAAUGAAGCAAGCGAAUGAUGCAUUACGUAUUUUUUUUUUUUUUUUUUUUGUCGGGAGAACGGUUUUCGCCCUUUAUACUGGGCAAGCAAGAGAUGGAAAUUGCAAAUUAGGGCAUAUAUAUAUGGACAACAGUUAAGAUAUAGCUUGGGAGGGAGGAAAGCUUCAGUUUCAUGUUUUUGGCUUUGGGUUCUUGGGGGCGUUGAAUUUAUCUUCACUUACAUUAGAAAAAAAUAUGGCCGGCAACAGUAGAAGGUCAGUUUGGAUAUGCGGCCUUUGGGGGGCAUCUACACAUAUACAUCAUAUACACACGCUUUAUGUAUAUAUAUCUGUGGUAGUUGGCAUGGCAUGGCAGGGCAUAGCAAGCAUUCGUCAUGCAAAUGACUACUUUUUU